AACGCUCCCGAUUUCGAUGUAACGUUUUAACGUCUAUAUCUAUAGCCCUGCUCUCCCUGGUUCUGUUCAUUUGAUUUUUCGAUGGCUUUUUAAUGGCCGAGGCCAUAGCUCGGGACUCAAUCUCUUCCACUUUCGCGACAAUGGCUGUUAAUCAAUGUCAGACUGCAGCUGUGUCUAAUGGAGUUCUCGUUCAAGAAAAAUUAGCGAAAGUUUCUCGGCUUGAGGAAUCGGAGCGUCAUUGUUCCUUGGAAAUUUUGCCAAAUCUCUUUGAGAAGGCUUCGUUCCCCUUCCAAAACUCUUCGGCCCGUGAUUCCUCUGGCUUUUUAAGUACUGAGGAAUUCGACAACAGUCCAGAGUGUGAUCCACAUUUAGCUUUCCUCAGCUUCCUGGAAGUUACCCAUCAAACAAAAAGUAGGAUGUCAUUGGAAACUUCAGAUGCCCGCUUGACUUGCCAGAACGUAAUUGAUAUUCACGUGAAUGGUGGAGAUGCUUAUUCCUCGUGCAUAGUAAAUAUUGAUAUUGACAAGGACAAGCUCAGACCAUCUAAAUCCUGUGAAGGAAGUUCUGAAAGUAUGAAAACUGAAAAUACAUUGAUGCGCAUAGAGAAGGUACUGCAGAGACAGUCCAGUCUCAAAAUGGGGGCGAAACUUGGGCAAUAUUUGUUGGACCAUGGACUAAUGUUACUGAAGUUCUCGUCUAAAGAAAAAUUAGGGACUGAAAGGGCUGACGAUAUGCCAAACAAUAGGUGGAGAAAAUAUAAACGUGCUGCUUCAUUUGAUUCAAGAAAGAUUGUUAUUCUCUUCUCGGUAUUAAAAUGGCGGGCAAAUGCUUGGGAUUUUUGUUGUUUACAAAUGGCAAUAUGAUUGAUGGUAUUGAUAGAGUUGACUAUGACCAACCAUCAAGUGGGAUUUUUAGCAUAAAUGUGAAUCGUGGAAUUAUAUUUGAACAAUUCAUUGAAAUGGUUGGGAUGUCACUCAGUGUAGAUAUGCGGACAAAUUAGAUAAAAAUAAUAUAUAGGCAUCAUAACCUAGAACCAUCAGGAUCAAUAAGGUUUAUGUCAUUCCUUAUUUCGAAUGCACAAGCUAUGAACUUGAUAUUCUUAAUCGCAAUGUCACUGUCGAAUUUAGUGCAUUUGUAUGUAAAUGUAAAUAGGAUAGAUGUGGAUAUAAACUUGAAUACAUCAUUUAGCCUGAAUGUAUUGAUCCUAAUCCGGAGUCAGUUGCAUCGCCAUGUGAUAAUGAAGAUAUAGCGGCUAACAAUCUGUAUAGAGACUUUAGAACUGAAACAGAUGAUAAAUUUGAAUAGUUGAAUUUUGGUGGUCGUGAACAUUAUUUAUUUUCAGAUACAUACAACGAUUUGGAUAUGAAUGUACAUGAAUGUAUUGGAUAGCAUUCGAGAACAUGAUUCAAUUGUAGCCUCUGUGGAUGUUGACAAUACUCAAUUGUAUAAAGGGAUAAUUUGUCAAGACAAAAAAAUGCUAUAACAUGCGGUUAAAUGUUUUGCAAUAAAAUGUCACGCACCAUAUGAGGUUUUUGAAUCAACACCGACGAUUUGGAUAAUUCGGUACAAGAAGUUGGAGGAAGGUUGCAAGUGGAGACUUCGUGCAAUAAAGAAAAAAUUGCAUGACUUGUUCGAGAUCACUAAGUACGAUAAGCAACAUACAUGUUUUUAUUCAGAACUAGGUCAAAGUCUAAUUGAAUUCAUCAAUGAUUGCACUAGAGUUAUGUGAUGUCGUAAGAGAAAAAUCAUCUAUCAGUGUGGCACAACUGCAGGUCGACAUCAAAUCAAAGUUUGGAUAUCAUUUCCAUAUUAUAGGGUAUGGGAGGGCAAAAGAAAAUCGUUGGCUAAAGUGUUCGGUGAUUGGGUUGAGUCUUACAAAUUGUUACCCACGUGAUUGUAUAUGGUUAAGCAGAUCAAUCCCGAAACACUUGUAGAGUGGAUAGUGAAAGAAAUGCUUAUCGAAGACUAUGUUAUCAUAACUUCUGUAUUUUGGGUAUUUGGUUUUUGUAUAGAAGUUUUUAAUAAAUGUCGGUCGAUAAUUCAGAUAGAUGAUACACACUUGUACGACAAAUAUAGAGAAAAAUGGCUGAUUGCUACAUUAGUUGACUCGAACGACCAUCUUCUUCCACUUACAUUUGCCGUUGCUGAUGAAGAGUUCACAGACUCAUGGUGAUGGUUUUUGAAACACUUGAGAGAAAUUGUAACACACGAAGAAGUGUGUUUAAUUUCAGAUCGAUAGGUUGAUAUAAUCGCAGCACUGAACAAUCUAGCAAAUGGUUGGACGGGACCAAAAUGUCAUCUCGUUUCUGCUUACGACAUAUCGUCAGCAACUUUAAUAAAAAGUACAGAUUUAAUUCAUUGAAAAAUUAUACUUAUCGUGCC